AUGGAAGGGAUCACGGCGAAAUUGGCAUUCACAGCGGUAACAACAAUACUAGCAGCCUAUUUCAUUUUACCAUGGGCACUUAAGUACCCGGUUCUUUUAGGGAAGACUCGAGUUUGGGAACCAGAUCCACAGUUCACUAAUCUACACGAGACAUGUAUCACCUUGCAUCCGUCAAAGCUUCACGGUUGUGAAAAAUUCAAGAUUAUUGGUGAUAUCCUUUUCGCUGCCUGCGUUUCAGACUGGGAGUCAAGAAAGAAAUGGUUUCCACCAAUGGGAGACCUGGAUAUGUCCCUUGGGGAUAAGGGCAUCAUUCGUGAUAGCCUUUACACGGUUGAUCUCAAGACAAAGAAGUUGACAUUGUUGUCGAUGCCGGAUUUCCCGAAACAUACUGAUUUUUGUGUCCACGGGAUGGAUGUUGUGGAAGUAGCGCCAGGUGAUUUUUCGAUAUAUAUGGUCAACCAUCGAAGAGACGCAUCAGUGGUCGAAAGCUUCAGCUACAAGUCCGGAAGUGAAGAGGCCUUGUACUUGGCUACGUACAAUGGAGUACAACAGGGCCUUAUCAACCCGAACGACAUAUUUGCUGUCCCGGUACCUAGCCCGGGUAGUUCCCCACAAAAUGAAUUUUUUGUCACAAACGACCACUACUUCCGUUCGUCGAGGCUAGGAAGAAUGCUUGAGAAGUAUCUUAGACUGCCCACUGGUUCCGUUUACUACCAUUCAAAGUCAACAGGAUUCCGCAAGGUGCUGAGAGGAUUCUCAAAUGCAAACGGCAUCGCUGGCUUUAAUAAUCGCCAGCUUGAUUCCGCAAAUGUUCUAAGCAACAUGGUCUUCGUGGCAUCGAUAUUAGAGGGUACUGUGACGGCAUAUCGAUAUGUUUCGGGAAGGGUGGUUGAAAAGGGUGGCCUUGUUAAGCUUCGGGAGUUCGCGUUUGACUUUGUGAUGGAUAACCUCGCGAUAAGUCAAGAUGGUAGAUGGCUCUAUAUUACUGGCCAUGGAGAACCGGCAAAGCUUGACUCGCAUUGGAGGUCCCCGGCUGAAGUACCAUCGGCCUCUGUAUCAUACCGUAUGUCGCUGACGGAACUCGGAGCAUACUUUGGAAAUAAAGGGGAGAUGGGCGAGUCAAGGGUGGAAAAAAUCGUGGUUGAUCGAAUGGGAUUGAUAGGCAAUGCCUCUACUACCGCGGUGGGGGACGAUAUCCUAAACAGGUUUUGGAUCAGUGGAUUGACCUUUCGGGGAAUUAUGGAGUGUAGUUUAUACACCAGCGCCCUACACGAGGAAGAAGAGGCAGACUAG